GCCCAGUACCGAAAUCUCCGCGCCGGCCGGCAGUGUGCUACCCGACACCCUUCGCGUAACAUCGUUGCCGACGACGGUCCCGCUGCCGUGCCGUUCUCGACGUGCGUACUCACGCGGUGCCGACGACGAUCGCGGGCGCUAUCCUCAGUAUCACGUGUGCACACCGCUGUUGGUGCACGCGCACGGAUCACGUUAUUUUUGAUUUCCCGUACCGCUCGUAAUUCUCCCAUCGAAAUUUCGGGUCGUCGGACUUCUAGCCGGUGGAUAACGACGAGUCCAACAACAGCUGUGCCAGUUUUUUUUCAAUGCAAUCGUUGAUCAUUUAUUGGAAAUGGAAACGCUGGUCAACAACGCAGUCUGGAACCUGAUUGUUUGUUUUUGUCUUUUAGGCACAAAUGUUAUAAUAAUCAGUGGCAGCUUGCAAUCCGGCAAAGAAGUCGAUCUGAACGCGAAUUCCGUGAACCAAUUCAACCAUGAAUCCUCUAUGCCUAGAUUUGCCGAACCCAUACCAAAUGUCACGGUAAGCAUUGGUAGAGACGCGCUGCUGGCGUGCGUUGUGGACAACUUACGUGGAUUUAAGGUCGCUUGGGUCCGAGUAGACACUCAGACGAUUUUGUCCAUUCACCACAACGUGAUCACCCAAAAUCCUAGAGUAACGCUCUCCUACAAUGAUCACCGGUCGUGGUAUUUGCACAUUAGAGACGUGCACGAAGAAGAUCGGGGUUGGUAUAUGUGUCAAGUGAACACAGACCCGAUGAGAAGUCGACAAGGGUAUUUGCAAGUGGUUGUGCCCCCGAGCAUUAUAGAUAAGGAGACGAGCACAGACAUGGUGGUGCGCGAAGCGAGUAAUGCUACUUUAAUAUGCAAAGCCGCCGGAUACCCGGAACCGUAUGUGAUGUGGCGGAGGGAGGAUGGCGAAGAUAUUAAUUACAACGGAGACACAGUUAAUUUCAUCGAUGGUGAAGUAUUGCAUAUCACGAGAGUGAGUAGGCUCCACAUGGGUGCUUACUUGUGUAUAGCCUCGAACGGUGUACCUCCGUCCAUUAGCAAAAGAGUCACGCUCAAAGUCCAAUUUCCACCGAUGUUGACCAUUUCGAAUCAACUGGUGGGUGGCUACGUCGGACAGGAUAUCAAAUUGGAGUGUCACACCGAGGCGUUUCCGACGUCCAUAAACUUUUGGACCACCGAAAAGGGUGACAUGAUCGUUUCGGAUAUGACGGUUUCAGGGGAAAAAUACGAGGCCAUAUCUACUGAUAACGGAUACAACAAGUACAUGAUCCUUAAGAUUAGAAAAUUGUCGCCGCAAGAUUUUGGGUCUUACAAGUGUGUGGCGAAAAAUUCGCUGGGCGAAACCGAUGGAUUCAUUAAACUAGACCAGAUAGAAGUGCCGUCGAGAUCCAUGGCGAUUACCGAAGGACCAGAAUACGACCGAAAAGAUUAUGGCGUUGAAAACGAAAAUAACUACAACGAAGGCGGAUCUUCCGAAAUUGUUUUCAACUCGUUGCCGACAGAUAACAGUUCGCUCAACUCGCACGCAACUCGGUCUUACGGAUUCCGGGUCGAUUGGCUCAUCAUUGUAUCGGCCGGCUGGUGUUGCGUGGUCGCGAUGGUGCAGUCGAGUUGCAGGUGAUCGCUGCGACGUGCAACGGGAAACAUACGCAGUCAGGGGCGAGGAUCAACGAGGAUUAGGAGUGUUGACAAAUGCCAAUCGGAACCGAAACGGACUAGUCAUUUUUUUUUUUUACGCCCUCAUCUUCAUGUGUUUCUUUUUUGUAAUUUUUUUAGUAAGAGUAUCUCGUAAGAAAAAUCAUAUAACAAAUAAAAAUCCAUCGCGGACAUUGAACCGCCAGGAUACUUGUAUAAUAAUAAUUAUUAAUAUGACACUCGUUUCAUAAUAACAAUAACGGGGGAAAAAAAAAAAUCAUCGCUUUGAUUUAUGUUCUAAUAAUAUUAUUAUGUAUGUGUACAUCGAUAUCGAUUACCGCAGCAGUGUAGGUAAUAUUUAUGCGAGUUAAAUACGUUGUUCUAUCGUCAUUCAUCCGUUUGAUUUAGCCCAUGUUAUUUUAUGUUUCGUCCGAUAGCACCAUUGUAUAGUGUUAUAACAAGCGUAAUAUAAUUAUAUUAACAGUAUCGAUAUUAUACAUACAUCUAUAUGUUUUAAAUAGUCUCCGCGCCGAGUCGUU